AUGAGUUCUUUGUUAGUACUCCCCCAAGCCCAGUUCUUCCCAGUAUCAUGUAAUUUGGAUCGUCGUCUUCUAUCGACGAAAUCAUCAGAUAUAUUUAGGUAUGGCCAUUUCUCCAAGAGUUUGAGGCAUGAUGAUCAAUUAGUUCAUCCAGAAUUUACCCCUAAACACGUCGCUAUAAUAAUGGAUGGGAACAGAAGAUGGGCUAAAGCAAGAGGAUUACCUGUGCAAGAGGGUCACAAAUUUCUUACUCCUAAUCUUAAGAAUAUUUGUAAUGUUUCUACCAAACUUGGAAUACAAGUUAUCACUGCUUUUGCUUUCUCUACUGAAAACUGGAAUCGUUCUAAGGAGGAGGUUGAUUUUUUGAUGAAACUGUUUGAACAGUUCUUUGAAGAAUUUAUGAGGUUUGGUGGAGUACGUGUGUCUGUUAUUGGAGGUAGAUCCAAACUUCCGAUAAAAUUACAGAAAGGCAUAGAGUUAACAGAAGAGGCGACCAAAGGCAAUGAAGGACUUCAUCUUACGAUGGCACUAAACUAUGGAGGAAAAUAUGACAUGUUACAAGCAACCAAGAGCAUUGCCAGUAAAGUGAAGGAUGGUCUUAUAAAUUUAGAGGAUAUCAACAACAAAUUAUUUGAGCAAGAACUCGCUACCAAGUGUGCUAAAACACCUGAUUUAGUCAUAAGAACUGGGGGAGAACAGAGGCUCAGUAACUUCUUAUUGUGGCAGCUCGCUUACUCUGAAUUGUACUUUACAAAGACGCUGUUUCCUGAUUUUGGAGAAGAACCUUUCAAGGAGGCCAUACUUUCCUUUCAGCAAAGACACAGACGUUUUGGUGGACACACAUAUUGA